AUGGGCUCUGUAACAGCGACGGAUGAGCUUCCAGCUCUCCGCACUCAGCCCAAGAUCAUCUUCUUCACUGACUUUGACGGAACAAUAACGGUGCAGGACUCCAACGACUGGCUGACGGACAACCUCGGCUACGGUCGCGAGAAGCGGCGGGCGGCCAACAUCGACGUGCUCGAGGGCCGCGUCGACUUCCGCGACGUCUUCACGGGCAUGCUGGAGUCGGUCCCCGUGCCCUUCGACGAGUGCGUCAACCUGCUGCUCGAGAAUGUCAAGCUCGACCCGGCGUUUGCGCGCUUCUACGAGUGGUGCCGCGACAACAACGUCCCCAUCGUCAUCCUGAGCGGCGGCAUGCGCCCCGUCAUCCAGGCUCUGGUGCGGAAGCUGAUUGGGGAGGAGGCCGUGAGCAACAUCCAGAUCGUGAGCAACGACGUCGCCGUCAGGAAGGGCAAGGCCACCAUGGAUGAGCCCAACGGCUGGGAGAUUGUGUUUCAUGAUGACAGUGGCUUCGGGCAUGACAAGUCGAUUGAGAUUCGCAAAUACUCGGGCCUCAAGGAGAGGCCAAUCAUGUUGUACGCUGGUGACGGCGUAUCGGACCUGUCUGCUGCCAAGGAGACAGACUUGCUGUUUGCCAAGGAGGGGCGUGAUCUCGUCAAGUUUUGCGAGACCGAGAGGGUGCCUUACACAACGUUUUCCGACUUUUCAUCUAUCCUGGAGACAGUCAAGGACUUGUCAGAUGGAAAGUUGAGCGUCAAGGAUGUGGCAAAGAAGUUUGAAUGA